GCUGACCAUCAUGAGCUUCACCGUCCCUGAGAAUACAACAUUCAUCUGUAAAGCAACCAGGCAACCAACGCAAAUUUAGUCAAUCUUUGCUUAUCUAAAGGCUACUAUUUACACGCACAUCCAUGAGAUCGGGUAGGAUUUCAUGGCGAAAAAAUGUUCUAGUUUUCAUCCCUUUCGUUCGGGUUUUUGAGUCGAACCGUAUAUUUUGAAGGGGACCUGGCAACUCUGGUUGAGAUCGGUUUGUUAGCUCAAUAGUUACUAAAAUAUAUGCUUCCGGUACGGUAGUCGUUUAUGCAAAACAUACACAUCGCUUAUAGCACCUUUUAAGUGUUAUACGAUUAAAUUAGUAUAAAGGUUUGAUCUGGUUUGUAGACGUGUACGGUCUAUUUACGUAAGAAAAGAGAAAUGAAAGUGAAAGCAUGUGUUUGCGCGUCAGAUCUCAGCUCAUAACUUGGUGUAGACGAACGUAAGGAUUGUACGUCUUUUAGAGGAGCGUCCAAAGAUCACUGCAAUCUCACUUUGUUCUGUAAGUGUCAAAAUGCCAGUGGAAUUCAGUGGUUGGGAAGCAUGCUGUGAUAAAUCAAAGCACCUUAAACCAGGUCAAGAGCCCAAAAAGAGCCAUGGCUAUACCAUGUACCAUGGGACACUCAAAGCAAAUGCCUCGACUAUCAUAUCAUCUGGGUUUCGGCCCUCCAGUGGGGGAACUCUGGGCCCUGGUGUCUACUGCAGCAGGAAUAUUAACAAAGCAAUGUGUUACCCAUUAUGUGCUCCUAACGACAGAGUCGUGUUAAAGUUGCGAGUGAGAGUGGGUAAAGUCAAGAGGAUUGACGGUCAAAGCCUGAAUCUGAUACACUCGUGGCAUCAGAAUGGAUACGAUACUGCUUGGUUACCUUCCUCUGCCUCUAGUGUGGGACUUGAGGAGGAUUGUGUUUGGGACCCAAAGAGGAUUACGGUUGUAGGAAUAGCCCAUUGCACAGACUCCAGUACUAAGAGCUCUCUGGAGAGUCUGAUAAAGCAGAAAAGCCAAUCGCAGGACACGAAUGGCAAAGACCUGAAGCUGUGUAAAGGGUGUGGUUUGCAAACAGCGCAUAAACACACAAUGGAGAAAUGCUGGUCCUGUAAGGCAUCCAUAUGCCCCUUCAUGAAAAAACAUGUUUGCAGAAAGAAAACAGAGUAAAUAUUCCAGAGUACUUGAGAACUAGUUAAUUGAUUCUUGUGAACACUUUAAAUUCUGCUAACCAUAUUACUAUAAUUAAAUGCAUUACAGUGCAUGCAAAGUUUGUUUUAAUUUGUUGAGAUUAAUACUGUUAAAUAUAAUAAAAAUUGUGAACAGUAUAACUCCACAACCCUUGUUGAAAUUUUUCAUUGUAAUGUAAUAUUUUGAGCCAAUAAUAAUGUUUUGCUGUUGCAAUUUUGCUUCAGAUUUGCCACCAUCUUGCUUUAAUGUUGAAUUCUUUGAUUGUAACAUUGUGAAACUGUAUGUUAAAUUUAGCAAUUAAACUUGAAAAUGUA